CCUAAAACUAGGUCGAAGUAUGUUUUUGUAACGCGCAAGGGCGCGAUUUCUCGCAUGAAGCGGAGCGUGGCGCCGAUCAGGGAAUACGCGCGGCGGAAGCGGCGCCUAGGGAGCAAUGGAAGCAACGGGAGUGACGAGCAUCGCAUCGCUGCUCUUCGUAGGCUGUCGAGGGAUUCGCAGGCGCUUUCAAGCAAUUUAACAGAAAACCACGAGAAGGAUGGAAAUCUCAGAAAACUCUCCAAAACCGAGGCUCAAAUGAGCGGCCAUGACUUGGCACCAGGAAGUCCAUCGCUAGAGGAAUUUUCUCGUCUGGACGAGUUGACAGAAAGCUUGAUUUCUGCCAUUGCAGGAAGCUCAGGUGCCGCCACUAACGAAAACGACACGCACCUCGCUUCUGGUGAACUGGCGCAACUGUCGGAAGAUUGUCGGAAGGCCUUUGCCUACACAGUGAUGGACGAUGAGGACGAUGCUGCGACUUUGAAGGAACUUCCUAGGCACGAGAUCGUUCAUCUGAUACUGCGCACAGUGCAACAGGUCUUAACUGUUUUUAUUUUGUAAUUUGUAUUCGUUUUAACUCUGGAGACUUUC